AUGAAUGACAAUAUGGAGUUAAAUCCUGAUUCUCACAUACAAGAUGAGGCAGAAAGGUUGUUUAAAGAGAUGAAAUUGAUGAAACAGAAUGUUAACAACUCUGAAUUCUAUGCUGGAAUGCUCUUGGAUCUCGAGAAAAUCAAUCCUCAUUUGGUUCGCCUUUCAGUAGGCCUCUAUUCAAAAGCUAAGGUGGUAAUAUAUGGUUUGGGAAGCAUCGAAUUUAGUUACAAUUCACAAUUUCAGCUUGCUGUAGUUCUCCUACUAAAAGAUCACGUUGAAUGGAUUGGCAAAAUUGAAAUAUUUGAUCCUGUAAUGACUACAGCUGAUAUCAAAGUUUUCAAGAAAUUCGGUCUUGAGGUUCUUACCAAUGAUGAAAAUUGUAAGAGGAAAGUUCAGGGACCAACAAUGUUCUACAUGCCUAGUCCUUGUUUCAAUCUUCUUGGCAACCUAUUGGGAGCAAACUGGUCUUCAUCUUCUCUUGACCAGAUUUUUCUGCUGACAAACUCGUUGAGUGCUACACGCAUGAAUCUGCCGUUAUGGGAUCCGUUUACUCUAGAAACAAAGCUAAGAUUAGCGAUAAUUCGUGAAUUCACAGCAGAGAUUUCCAUAAACACUAAUGACCAUCAGAUGUAUGCUAGUUUUUUCCAUGACUUUGCCUGGCAUUUCUUUAAAGUGAACGAGGAAUUACGGAAAUAUGAUUGGUUAUAUACGCAAAGGUAUCUUGAAAUAGUUUUCUCGGAAGAUUUCAAACGCAAUAAAACUAGCAAGGAAUUUGCACAAAAUUUGGGUUCUAUACGUGGCCCUCGUCAGUUCAGAAACUGCUCAGUUCCUCACCAGGCUGGUUGGUUUAAGCUAAACAUCUAUGGUAUUGGCUCAAAAGAGGGUGACCAGAGUGGACAAUUUAGUGGUGUCUUGAAAGAUAAAGAAGGGGAGUUGUUAGAUGGAUAUUGCUAUAGGGUUGAGUUUGAUGAUGAAGAUGAUGUGAUUGUUGGACUAGAGGCCUUGAAGUAUGGGUUGACCAGAAUCAAGAAAGAAAAACUGAAAGUAGAGAAGUUGAUGGUGGAGUCAGAUAAUGCUAUGUUGGUCCAGUAUGUUAAUGGUCGUCCUGAGCCAAAUGAAACAACCAUGGCUAAAUUGAAUGAAAUUUUCAAGUUGCUGGAAGGUAUAACCUGGAUAGUUUACCAUGUGUACGAAGAAACCAAUAAAGUUGCUAUAGAGGGGGUUCCAAGGGAUGAGAAAAAACUUUACUUAGAAAAUGUUCCUUUUGCUAUGCCAGAGUCGGGUAUUGCAGAGAUUUUUACAGGAUUUGGGAAAGUAGAGGAUGUUCAAUUACUCAAAGAUCCCGAAACAGGACACAGAAACGGAUGUGGGUUUGUCAAAUUUGCUCAAGUUGAACAUGCAAAGCGAGCUCAAGAGAUUUUGAAAGGAGAGUUCAAAACUGAUGAUUUAUGCCUCAAGAUUUCACCUGCUCCUGAACAUGUUGGAGUACAAGAUGCUGGAGCUUAA